AAGCAAUGCUAUUUGAAUAACAAUACCAAAAUAAACAGCCUGCCAAUAUUUUCACUUCAAUUCCCUAGCUAUCUGGUGAUUAAUUUCAACUUUUCAAGUGAAUCAUUAACUGGUGUCAUUGAAAUAUUUUUACUUGAGAGGAGUCAAUGUUGCUUCAUCUCUUCUUCUCGUUGUCCGUCUUUUUGACAUUGAUAGACAACGGGAAUGCUGGUGUAACUAGUUCAUUUAUUCGUAACGAGUUUCCAGCUAUCGAUAUCCCUCUUGAAAAUGAAGUAUUUGCAGUUCCUAAAGGUUACAAUGCUCCACAGCAAGUGCAUAUAACACAGGGUGACUAUGAAGGAAAGGCUGUAAUAGUCUCAUGGGUCACACCUGAUAAACCGGGGUCUAGUCAAGUACGUUACGGAUUAUCUGAGGGAAAAUAUGAUUUUACAGCUAAGGGAUCAUUCACAAACUACACAUUCUACGACUACAAGUCUGGAUAUAUACACAAGUGCUUUCUUAAUGGACUUCAGUAUGACACGAAGUAUUACUAUGAAAUCGGAAAUGGUGACUCUGCUCGAAACUUUUGGUUUGAAACUCCUCCAAAGGUUGAUCCAGAUGCUUCAUACACAUUUGGCAUCAUAGGUGAUCUCGGACAAACAUAUAAUUCUCUUUCAACUCUUCAGCAUUACAUGAAUAGUGGAGCUAAGAGUGUCUUAUUUGUGGGAGAUCUAUCUUACGCGGACAGAUAUAAGUAUCAUGAUGUUGGAGUCCGUUGGGAUUCAUGGGGACGUUUUGUUGAACCAAGUACAGCAUAUCAACCGUGGAUUUGGAAUACCGGGAAUCAUGAGAUAGAAUAUAUGCCAUAUAUGGGAGAAGUAACUCCGUUCAAGUCGUAUCUGUACAGAUAUCCAACGCCAUAUCAAGCUUCAAACAGUACUAGCCCUCUUUGGUAUUCCAUCAGGAGGUCGUCUGCUCACAUAAUUGUGCUGUCAACCUAUUCUCCUUUCGUAAAGUACACACCUCAAUGGAAGUGGCUGAGAGAGGAAUUUAAAAAUGUGGACAGAGAGAAAACUCCUUGGCUUAUAGUCCUUAUGCAUGUUCCUAUCUACAAUAGUAAUGUAGCUCAUUUCAUGGAGGGAGAAAGUAUGAGAUCUGUCUUCGAAGCAUGGUUUGUCGAACACAAAGUUGAUGUGAUCUUUGCUGGUCAUGUCCACGCCUAUGAACGAUCAUAUCGCAUAUCAAAUAUACGCUAUAACAUCUCGAGUGGUGAUCCUUAUCCCGUACCUGAUAAAACAGCUCCAGUUUACAUAACUGUUGGUGAUGGAGGAAAUAAAGAAGGUCUUGCUUCAAGAUUUAGAGAUCCUCAACCAGAUUACUCUGCUUUCCGCGAAUCGAGCUAUGGCCAUUCUACGCUAGAGAUUAAGAACAGAACACAUGCAUUCUACCAUUGGAACAGAAAUGACGAUGGAAAGAAAGUUAAAAUCGACUCGUUCGUGUUACACAAUCUGUACUGGGGAAGGAAUCAUCACCGGAUAAAGUUGAACAAAAAUCGUCUCCGUUCAAUCAUUUUAAACAGGGCUUCAACUGCACAACUGUGAAAACAUAUUUCUGCAACUUACUCUCAACUUAGUUGCAGUUUUAUGGCCAUAGAUCAUUAUCCCAUUGGUAACUAAUUAGCUUGAAAAUCUAUUUGCUUUCUUUGACUAUUUGGAUAAUUACUUGAGUCGAGGGUUUAUCAGAAAUUGUCUGUGUGCACACUACCUUCCCCAGACUCAAUCGUGGAAUUACACUGAGUAUGUUGUUGGACUAUUUGGCUAAAUUUCCACCAAAUAAUGAUCAUUCAAAUAAAAGAUUGUGCUGUUUAUUUCAUCA